AUGAUGGAAAACGACUAUGAAGCCCAAACAACUCCGAAUAUUUAUUCGUCCAAUACGUUUCAUGAUUCUUCAUUGAACAAAGAUAAAAGUUUUCUUCAAGAGAAUAAACAAUCUAAUAUCAAUCUAUCAAGAAAAAUCAUCGUCUUUGAAUUGUUUAAUUGUGCUAUUAGCUUUAUUUUGUUUCGCUUGGUUUAUAGCAGGUGCUGUUUGGGUGUUUCGGGCCAAACGAACGGUUCAGUAUUAUAA